AUGAGCGAUGUUAUCAAAUCCCGGCGUGAGAAAUCACAAAAACGAAAGAUGCUGCUCGCCCAAACAUUCGGUGUGCCUAACGUGGAAGAUCUCAAACACGUACUGGGUACCGCGGAAGAAUCACCAAUCAACAAAUCACAACGGUACGAGGAUGAGGAAGCCUCUUCCUCAAAAACGACUGAAACUGCCGAGGGAUUGGUGUAUCGUGACUCUUCCACUUUUCUGAAGGGUACACAAUCUUCCAAUCCUCACAAUGAUUACUGCCAACAUUUUGUGGACACCGGGCAACGCCCACAGAACUUCAUUCGCGAUGUAGGCCUUGCGGAUCGGUUCGAGGAGUAUCCAAAGCUGCGCGAGUUGAUUCGCUUGAAGGACGAGUUGAUUGCGGAAACUGCCACACCGCCGAUGUACCUGCGUGCGGAUUUGAAAACAUUCGAUCUUAAGACACUAGGCACCAAGUUCGAUGUGAUUCUUAUAGAGCCACCGCUGGAGGAGUAUGCCCGUGGUGGAGCUGCCGUGGCCGCUGGUGCACCACGGAACUUUUGGUCGUGGGAUGAAAUUCUUGCGCUGGACAUCGGUGAGGUGGCCGCGCACAGGAGCUUCGUGUUUCUUUGGUGCGGUAGUUCGGAAGGGCUCGACAUGGGCCGAAACUGCUUGCGCAAGUGGGGCUUUCGAAGAUGCGAGGAUAUAUGCUGGAUACGAACGAAUAUAGAUUCGCCCGGACAUUCUAAGAUACUCGAACCGAAGGCAGUUUUCCAGCGAACGAAAGAGCACUGUCUAAUGGGCAUCAAAGGAACGGUGCGCCGCUCCACCGACGGCGAUUUCAUCCAUGCGAACGUUGACAUCGAUCUGAUCAUAUCAGAGGAGGCCGAGUUCGGUAGUUUAGAGAAACCGAUUGAAAUAUUUCACAUUAUCGAACACUUCUGUCUCGGUCGUCGUCGGUUACACAUUUUUGGGCGUGACUCAACGAUACGACCGGGCUGGGUGACGAUAGGGCCGGAGCUGACCAACUCGAACUUCAACAGUGAGCUGUACGCCAGCUCCUUCGAGGAGAACCCCACUACCGGUUGUACUGAGCGAAUCGAGGCGCUACGACCAAAAAGCCCCCCGGCCAACGGGAAAGUGUUGCGUGGUCGUGGCCGAGGUUUCCCUCGUAUUCGGGGGAGAUCGCGCGUUUAGGAGCGCUGCUUG